AUGGAUCAACAAGCUACUUUGGGGGCAACACGUGCAGGGGUGGCGAAUAAGUCAAGAAAGAAAACCAUGGAUUGGAUAUCGGAACCACGUGCUGUCGAACUAACUCCGUUUCAACAAUUUACUGUCGACGUCGAUUGGGAGAAAAGCCCUCUGGGUCCAAUGAAGGGAUGGUCAAAACAGCUUCGUUCCAUGGUACUUCUGUGUUUUGCGGAUCCAAAACCGGCGGUUGUUAUGUGGGGAGAUAAUAAUGCAAUUGUCUACAAUGAACCAUACACUCAAAUCAUUGGACGGAAACACCCUGCAAUGCAAGGUCAAGAUCCAUGUAUUGAAUUGGCUGAGAUUUGGGACUAUUUCGGCGCACUCCUUGAAAGGCAAAAGGAUACGGGCGAGGCAGUUCUCCAAGAGGAUGCACUCCUUCUACUCCACCGUCACGGCUUCGAAGAAGAAACUUACAUGACUUAUAAGUACGUACCAAUCGUUUGCGACGAAGGAUAUGUCAUUGCUAUACAUGCAACACUUGAUGAAACUACACGUCAAGUUCUCGGGGAUAGACGAAUGUUCAUCAUUCGUGCUCUCGGCGAACGAUUAUCCAAAGCGAAAACCAUUCGUGAUCUCUGGGAUCAUUUGAUUCAAGGUCUCGAGUUGGCCGAGAAGGAUGCGCCUUUUUGUCUUUUAUAUUCAGCUUCCGAAUCUUCCAAAGUAUCAAAUCCACUUUCAUCAACAACAGCAGCAGCAACAACAACAACAACAACAACAACAACAACAUCUGCGCCAUCUGUGCCUUGCGUGCUCGAAGGUUCUGUUGGCAUACCCGAGGGACAUUACAUUGCACCUCCGAGCUUCGAUGUAACAUAUGAUCAAAACUGGCUAGCCAGGCCGUUUGAAAGAGCUAUGACCGAAAUGAAAACCAUCUUAGUGCCUUUGGAUCUCGAGGUAAAGCAAAAUUUGGGUGGGAUAAAGUGUCGAGGAUUUGGUGAACCAAGUCAUGUAGCUGUUUGUCCAUUAAUGGAUUCCGAGACACAAAGUGUACUUGCUUUUCUUGUUCUUGCAUUAAACCCUCGAAGACCUUAUGAUAGAGAUUAUCAAGAGUGGAUACAAAUGUUGUCACACCAAGUUACAACUCCUCAAGUCUCUGCUAUUAUACUCCGUCAGGAAGUCAAACGGCGCCUAGCACUUGCCAAACAGGAAGCAUUAGAUCGGGCAACCUUAUCGCAGCAACUUACCGAGAGUGAAACGAAUUUUACACGGUUUGCAACACGAACCCCCGUUGGACUGGCAAUCCUAACUAGUGAAGGAACUGCCCUGUUGGCAAACGAUCUCUGGAGAUCUCAAACAAGCCUCGAUAUUGGAAGCUCGAAGGUAAACUGGGAAAAGGUGUUAAUGCCCGGAGAAUUCGAGCCAUUGACGACGGCUUGGUCGGAAGUUGUCAAUAACAAAAAUUCUCGCACAUUUCAGUCGCGAUUCAAAAAGCCAUGGAAAGCCCAGGAGCUGAAUACUGAUGGUGAGGAACAGUGGACGGAAACACAUCUGCUUAUUGCUCUAUAUCCAGAUCUCGAUGAUGAGGGUAAUGUUUCUACAAUAAUGAGUUGCAUUACAGAAAUUUCGGAAUUGAAAUGGUCGGAAAAUCAAUUGCGAGCCAGAAUGGAACAAGCGCUGGAAAUGAAGCAGCAGCAAGAGCGGUUUAUUGAUAUGACUUCCCAUGAAAUGCGCAAUCCAUUGUCAGCAUUAAUAGGCUGCGCCGACGAAAUUCUCUCUUCGCUGCACGAAUACAAAAAUCUGAUGAAUUCAUCCGGGGAAAAUGGUAAAAUUCUAUCCACGGAGCUGCCAAUCAAUUUGAUAGAUGGCGCCAUCGAAGCCACGGACACGAUAAUUUACUGCGCCAUGCAUCAAAAGCGCAUUAUCGACGAUAUCUUGACCCUCUCAAGAUUAGACACCAAUCUUCUUGUCGUAUCCCCCGAAGCUUCUCAGCCAGUCCAAAUUAUCAAUAGCGCUCUUAAAAUGUUCGAAUCAGAACUCAAACAAGCCGACACAAAACUUGAUUUUAUCCAAGCCGAUUCUAUUAAAGAACUCAAAGUGCAUUGGACCUUAUUAGAUCCAAGUCGAGUGCUACAAGUCCUUCUCAAUCUUAUGACCAACGCCAUAAAAUUCACCCGCACAGAGAAACUCCGUCAGAUAACCGUCACAAUGGCCGCCUCCCUCGAAAAACCUUCCUCUCAGAAAACCAUUGUGGAAUAUGUACCCAAGCGUCGGGAAAGCUCUGAUCAAACCUUCAAAGGUGAAUGGGGAAAUGGCGAAAUUCUUUACCUAUCGAUCACAGUCACCGAUUCCGGCCGCGGCCUUUCGGAAAAAGAAAAGGCAAAUCUAUUUCAUCUAUUUAUGCAGGCAUCUCCGAAAACACAUGUGCAAUAUGGGGGUAGCGGAUUGGGACUUUUCAUCUCGAGACAGCUUACCGAGAUGCAGGGGGGUGAAAUUGGGGUUCAUAGUGAACGUGGAAAGGGCAGCACCUUUCAAUUUUAUGUCAAGACGAGGAGGACAACGGCUCCGGUUGAUAUGAAGGAUUCGGAAGAGGGUAUCGCCAAGGAUUUUCAGAUGACGUUGAGGGAAGAUGCAUUGAGAGAGGCGUGUGGGUUUGAAAUGCCUGAUUUGAAUCAUGAUAACCCUUCAUGUAAUUGUGCGGGUAAGACGACUGUGACGAAGCAGGAUGCUUUGAAGUUACCGAUGAGACCACUGCCGGUCAGAAAGAGGAGCUCUAGAUUGCGUGUUUCGAGGUUGAAUAAUGGAACGAAGAAGGGAGGAAAGGACCAGGAACAAUUAAACGUGCUGGUUGUGGAGGAUAAUCUGUUGAAUCAAAAGGUUUUGGUUAAGAGUUUGAGGAAAGAGGGGUUUGGUGUUAGCGUUGCGAAUCAUGGGGGUGAAGCUUUGGACUUUCUUAAAGGGACACGGUUUUGGGUUGGGGAUGCUGGGAGGAAUGGUGGUGAUGAGAGGAAAUCGAAAAAGCAACUUGAUCUCAUAUUAAUGGACCUAGAAAUGCCCAUUAUGGAUGGUACUACCUGCGUAAAGCAGAUCCGAAAGUGGGAGGCGGAGGGGAGUAUAGCGGGACAUGUGCCGAUUAUUGCCGUUACGGCUAAUGCGCGAAAAGAUCAAAUCAUGAGCACGAUCGAUGCGGGCAUGGACGAUGUAACGACGAAACCAUAUCGUAUACAAGAUAUGCUCAAACAAAUCGAGAGACUUGUUAGACAACAUUCCGAUGGUGGGAUUGAUACUCCCAGUUUGAAUGGGAAUACUUCAAAUAAGGGUACUACUCCGAAUACGAGUCCUUCGAAUUUGAGGACGUUGAAUGAGGAUACUUCUAGUAAAGGUAUCUCGAACAAGAAUAACAGUACUUCGAAUGAGACUUCACAAAACACGAGCACAUCAGAUUCGAGGACCUCGAAUAAAGGUACUUUGAAUAAGGACACUUCUAAUACGGGUAUUUCAAAUAAAGAUACAUCUAAUGCAGAUACUCCCUACAGGAAUUCUUCGACCAAGAACACUUCGAAGACGCAUAUUUCGAUUGAGAGUACACCAAACGGAAUCAUCUAA